UCUCUCUCUCUCUCUCUCUCUCUCUCUCUCUCUAACUCUCUUCUCGAAAAAAAUGGCGAAACUAGUGAUCUUGAUGGUUCUCUGCAUCUUACCAGCGAUAGCCAUGGCAGCGAAGGUGCCACGUAUCGGGAAGAACACUCUUGUCGUUCAAGGCAUCACUUACUGUGACACAUGCAAGUUCGGUUUCGAAACUGCUGAAUCCUCCUACGUUCUCCCUGGUGCGACGGUGAAGCUUUCGUGCAAAGACAGGAAGACGAUGAAAGAGAUCUACACAGACGUGGCUAAAUCGAACAGACACGGGAAGUACAUGUUUGUUGUCCACGAAGACCAUAAAGACGAGAUGUGUGACGUCAUGCUUGUGAAAAGUUCCGACAAGGGUUGUUCUAAAAUCUCUAAGGGGCGUGAACAGUCACGUGUGAUAUUGAACCAUUACAAUGGUAUCGCGUCGCAGAUUAGGCAUGCUAAUAACAUGGGGUUUGAGAAAGAUGUUACUGAUGUGUUUUGUUCUGAGUUGAUUAAGAAGUAUCAGGUUGAUGAAGAUGAGGUUUGAGAUUAUUAGAUCUGUUUCUUUAUUGAUGUUAUGUGGUCUGAUGUUUUUUAAUAUUUAUUUGUCUUGGAUGAUGAUGAUGACUCUGUUUGUGUAAGCUUUUCUUUAUAAUUGAUGUGUUUUAACUUCCCUGCUUGGGAGGUUCUUUAAUAUUUAUUUAAUUUUCUUAGUGUGGUUUUAUUAAAGCUUAAGAUAUGUAUAUGCCAUCUGAACUUGUAAGACUAUGGAGAUUAUGAACCAAAACAUAAGUUGGAAUGAAAUCUAAGGAGAAAAGAUGACAUUUUCAAUUAAAUUGAUGAUUUUUA